AGUGAAAGCGUUCCUAGGCCAACAGCCCAGGGCUCCAGGCUGCCAUCAGAAUGGUGGGUGAAGGCCCCUACCUUAUCUCAGAUCUGGACCGGCGAGGCCGGCGGAGAUCCUUUGUAGAGAGAUAUGACCCCAGCCUGAAAACCAUGAUCCCUGUGAGGCCCUAUGCAAGGUUGGCACCCAACCCCAUGGACGACGCGGGGCUGCUCUCCUUCGCCACAUUUUCCUGGCUCACGCCCGUGAUGGUUCAAAGCUACAGGCACACACUGACUGUGGACACCCUGCCCCCAUUGUCGCCUUAUGACUCAUCCAACACCAAUGCCAAACGAUUCCGAAUCCUUUGGGACGAGGAGGUAGAAAGGGUGGGUCCUGAGAAAGCCUCUCUGGGCCGAGUGGUCUGGAAAUUCCAGAGGACCCGUGUUUUGAUGGAUAUUGUGGCCAACAUCCUGUGCAUUGUCAUGGCGGCCAUAGGACCGACGGUUCUCAUUCACCAAAUCCUCCAGCACACCGAGAGCACCUCCAGGAAUGUCUGGAUUGGCAUUGGCCUGUGCAUCACCCUUUUUGCCACCAAGUUUACCAAAGUCCUCUUUUGGUCCCUCGCCUGGGCCGUAAAUUACCGCACAGCGAUCCGGUUAAAGGUGGCCGUCUCCACUCUGGUUUUCGCAAACCUGGUGUCCUUCAAGACGCUGGCACACAUCUCAGUAGGGGAGGUGCUCAAUAUACUAUCAAGUGAUAGCUAUUCCUUGUUUGAAGCUGCCUUGUUUUGUCCCUUGCCAGCCACCAUCCCCAUCCUAAUGGCUGUCUGUGCGGUGUACGCCUUUUGCAUUCUGGGGCCCACAGCUCUCGUCGGCAUAUCUGUGUAUGCCAUAUUCAUCCCCAUCCAGAUGUUUAUGGCUAAGCUAAGUUCGGCUUUCCGAAGGUCAGCAAUUUCAGUGACAGACAAGCGUGUUCAGACAAUGAAUGAGUUUGUGACCUGCAUCAAGCUGAUUAAAAUGUACGCCUGGGAGAAAUCUUUUACCAAGACCAUUCGAGAUAUAAGGAAGAGGGAAAGGAAACUCCUGGAAAAAGCGGGAUUUGUCCAAAGUGGAAACUCAGCCCUGGCCCCCAUUGCAUCCACCAUAGCCAUCGUACUGACAUUCACCUGUCACAUCCUCCUGAGACGCAAGCUCACCGCCUCGGUGGCAUUCAGUGUGAUCGCUAUGUUUAAUGUAAUGAAGUUUUCCAUCGCGAUCUUGCCUUUCUCAGUCAAAGCAAUGUCCGAAGCCAGUGUCUCUCUAAGGAGAAUGAAGAAAAUUCUCAUAGCUAAAAGCCCCCCAUCUUACAUCUCCCAACCAGAAGACCCAGACACUGUCUUGCUUUUAGCAAAUGCCACCUUGACAUGGGAGCAAGAAGCCAACACGAAAAGCGACCUAAAGAAAGUGGAGAGCCAGAAAAGGCAUUUUCUCAAGAAACAGAGGCUGGAGACAUACAGCCUGAGUCCAUCAGCCCAGGACGUCGCUGGCCCAGAGCAGCACGGUGGUAGCUGCAAACCAGUCCUGCACAAUAUCAGCUUUGCUGUGAGAAAGGGGAAGAUCCUGGGGAUAUGCGGGAAUGUUGGCAGUGGAAAAAGCUCCCUCAUUGCAGCUCUCCUGGGACAGAUGCAGCUACAACAAGGGGUCGUGGCGGUCAGCGGGACUCUGGCCUGCGUUUCCCAGCAAGCGUGGAUCUUCCAUGGAAAUGUGAGAGAGAACAUAUUAUUUGGAGAAAACUACAAUCACCACAGGUAUCAGCACACGGUUCGUGUCUGUGCCCUCCAGGAUGACCUGAGCAGCCUCCCUUAUGGAGACCUGACUGAGGUCAGGGAGCGGGGCCUCAACCUCUCGGGCGGGCAGAAGCAGAGGAUCAGCCUGGCCCGCGCCGUCUACUCUGACCGUGAGGUCUACCUGCUGGACGACCCCCUGUCGGCCGUGGACGCCCACGUGGGGACGCACAUUUUCGAGGAGUGCAUUAAGAAGACGCUCAGGGGGAAGACCGUCGUCUUGGUGACCCACCAGCUGCAGUUCUUGGAGUCUUGUGAUGAAGUCAUCUUGUUAGAAGAUGGAGAGAUUUGUGAGAAGGGAACCCACAAAGAGUUAAUGGAGGAGAGGGGAUGCUAUGCAAAACUGGUUCACAACCUCCGAGGAUUGCAAUUCAAGGAUCCUGAGCACAUUUACAAUGCAGCGAUGGUGGAAGCCCUUAAGGAGAGCCCUGCUGACAGAGAUGAAGGUGCAACCAGGACUUCUGUAUUUCUCACCCUAGUUUUGGCUCCAGGAGACGAGAAGGAGGAAAGGAAAGACCCCGACACAGACUCAGCAUUUGCAGACACCAACGGCCUGUGGAGACUCAUGGGGAGCUGUGAUGAGAGUAAUGCGGAGCUGAGGUGGGAGUACCGAGUCAGGGAGGGCUUCACAGAGGGGGCGGCCUUUGGACUGGUCCUUCGAGGACAGAUCUCACAGAGCCCAAUGAGCCUCUUCGACACGACGCCCACCGGCAGGCUGAUGAACCGUUCUUCCAAGGACAUGGACGAGCUGGACGUGAGGCUGCCGUUCCACGCCGAGAACUUUCUGCAGCAGGUCUUCAUGGUGGUGUUCAUCCUCGUGAUACUGGCAGCUGUGUUUCCUGCCGUCCUUCUAGUCCUGGCCGGCCUUGCUGUGGGCGUCUUUAUUCUUUUACGGUAGGUCAGUGCACUAUUUUAUAAAAAGGAGCAAACAAAACCUACACGUUUGGUUAACUCCGCACAAUGACCGGGUGGUGUCAGGUGCUGGAGUUCUCAGCAGGGCCUGGGCGUCAUCCACGCCUACGACAGGAAGGAGGACUGCAUCAACAACCACCUCCUGUACUUUAACUGUGCUCUCAGGUGGUUUGCUCUCAGAAUGGAUGUCCUCAUGAACAUCGUCACCUGCAUUGUGGCCUUGUUGGUGACCCUGAGUUUCUCCUCAAUCAGUGCAUCAUCCAAAGGCUUGGCGUUGUCCUACAUCAUCCAGGUAAUCGGACUGCUCCAAGUGUGCGUGCGGACCGGAAGCGAGACCCAGGCCAAGUUCACCUCGGUGGAGCUGCUCAGGGAGUACAUUUCGACCUGUGUUCCUGAAUGUACUCCGCCCCUCAAAGUGGGGACCUGUUCCCAUGACUGGCCCAGCCGUGGGGCGAUAACCUUCAGAGACUAUCAGAUGAGAUACAGAGAAAACACUCCCCUUGUUCUUGAUGGGCUGAACUUGACCAUCCAAAGUGGGCAGACAGUUGGGAUUGCCGGAAGAACAGGUUCAGGGAAGUCGUCCUUAGGAAUGGCCUUGUUCCGCCUGGUGGAGCCAGCCGGCAGCGCCAUCUUCAUCGACGAGGUGGACAUCUGCACGGUCGGUUUGGAAGACCUCAGAGCCAAGCUGACUGUGAUGCCCCAGGAGCCUGUCCUGUUUGUAGGUACAGUAAGGUACAACUUGGAUCCCUUUGGGAGUCACACGGAUGAGGUGCUCUGGCAGGCUCUGGAGAGGACGUUCAUGAGAGACACAAUAAUGAAGCUCCCAGGAAAAUUACAGGCAGAAGUCACAGAAAAUGGAGAAAACUUCUCAGUAGGGGAACGCCAGCUGCUUUGUAUGGCCCGAGCGCUUCUCCACAAUUCAAAAAUCAUUCUCCUUGAUGAAGCCACCGCCUCCAUGGACUCCAAGACUGACACCCUUGUUCAGAGUACCAUCAAAGACGCCUUCAAAGGCUGCACAGUACUGACCAUCGCCCACCGCCUCAGCACGGUCCUCAACUGCGACCUCGUCCUGGUCAUGGAAAACGGGAAGGUGGUCGAGUUUGACAAGCCUGAAGUCCUUGCCGAGAGGCCAGAUUCAGUGUUUGCGAUGUUACUAGCAGCAGAAAACAAAGUCCCCGUGGGGCCACAUCAGCUGACUUCAGAGGAGUGGGACAAGUGAGAUGAGCUGGAUGAGCCUGCGGAGGAGGGUGGUUGUCCCAGCAGGCGGCCCGGGUCCACUGUCCCUUCCAUCCCUGACUCCCAGCUGAGCUGAAGCAGAGAUGGCUUUCCUGCCUCUCCCAGCUCCCAGCUCCCAGCUCAUGCCUCCUGACCUCACUCGGCGGACUUGGGGCUGGUUCUGGGGUGGUGAGCACAGGCAGAGGAAGCCAGGGGGUUCAAGACCUGCCCCUCACCCCCUAAAAUCCCAAGGGUUUCUCCUGUGUCCUUAUCAAUACCACCUCAGUGCCUGAAAAUAGAAACAUUGUCACUUUCAGUUAAAAACUAGUCCAAGUAAACAGAAUGGACAAAUGCCUACGGAUGGGUUUGUAAAGGUUUCUUGCAGUUUUCUCCCCAUUUAACUGCCGUGCACAUCUAUUUUGAGUGAGUGACCAGCAGUAACUACACAGACCUGUACCAUGAAAAAUCGGUUACAGAGUUGGCAAGAAAACUUAAAAAUAAAAUCAUAUUGUAUGUUCCUUUUAAUCUAUUAGAAUAACCAGGAAAACAAA